UAUUAAAAUAAACAAAAAAAAAAAAAAAAAAUAGUGAAAUAAGAAAAAAAAUCAAAAAGUGUUUUUUUUUAAAAAAUGGCAAUAAUUUUUAGUACUCUCACAUUAAAACUUUUAGGAGUGAUAUUCUUUAUUUUAAGUGGUUUUUAUAUUUACUUCAAGUUCGUUUUAUACACAUAUUGGCGAAAAAAAGGAAUUCCCUAUUUAGAGCCAGUGAUUCCUGUGGGUAAUUUUCUCAAACUUGUGCAAAAAAAAUGUCACAUUGGCGAAACAUUUGCCUAUGGCUAUGAAAAAAUGAAAGACAAUAAAGUUUUUGGAAUGUAUACAUUUCAUAAGCCAUGCCUAUUAAUUGUUGAUCCAAAUUUAAUUCGUUGUGUUUUAACAAAAGAAUUUCAAAGUUUUCACGAUCGCGGUGUUUAUUGUAAUGAACGAGUUGAUCCAUUGUCGGGUAAUUUAUUUUUUCUACCCGGAAAAAAGUGGCGAAAUCUCAGGACAAAAGUGAGUCCGGCAAUAACGCCCGGGAAGAUAAAAUUAAUGUUUUGCUGCUUAAAGGAUCGUGGAAUUAUUUUAAAUCAAUUUUUACAAGAGAAAGCACACAGUGGAUCUAUUGUUGAGGUGCAGGAAUUAUUCGCAAGGUUCACUACUGACGUGAUAAUGAACACAGUGUUUGGCGUGAAUUGCAAUACGUUGCAAAAUAAAGAUAAUGAGUAUCGCUAUUGGGGAAAACAGGUUUUUGAACCGCACACAUUUAAGAAUGCAAUUGGAUUUUUCGCGCCACAAAUUUUGCAUUUCUUCUCGAUACCAUUCAAUGAUGUGGGAGUGCAAAAAUUUUUUAUAACAGUUUUUGAAAAUACCGUUAAACAUCGACUAAAAAAUAAUAUUAAAUGCAAUGACUUCAUGGAUCUUAUUAUUCAAUUAAUGAAAAAAGGUCACGUGAAUGAUGACAAUGAUAUGACUAAUGGAAGCAUUUCAGAAAAUAAUAAUGAAAACAUAACAAUGGCCGAAGGAGCUGCUCAGGCCUAUAUUUUCUUUUUGGCCGGAUUUGAAACUUCAUCCACAACAGCAGCCUUUUGCCUUUAUGAAUUAGCUAUUAAUCAAGAUAUGCAGGAAAAAGUGAGAAAAGAAAUUUUUUCCAAACUGGGAGAAAAUGAUGAACUUAGUUAUGACAGUCUCAAUGAAAUGACCUACCUUCACAAAGUUAUUUUAGAAACUUUGAGGAAAUAUCCACCGGUGUCUUUAUUAAAUCGCAAGUGCACUGAGACAAUAAAAUUGCCCGACACGGAAAUAAUUAUUAAUAAAGGCAUUGACAUUGUCAUUCCAGUGCUUGGAAUUCACAGGGAUCCUAAUAUAUAUCCUAAACCAAUGGAAUUCGAUCCCGAAAGAUUUAAUGAGGAAAAUAUCGCUGCUAGGCAUCCCUAUGAAUUUUUACCUUUCGGCGAAGGACCGAGAAUAUGUAUUGGAAUGAAACUCGGAUUAAUUCAAGUAAAAGUAGCGAUAAUAAAUUCAUUAAGGAAUUGUAGAGUUUUAGUAGGAUCAAAUACACCGAUACCAAUGCCAAUUAACAAUGAGAAAAUGGCUUACGCACCAAAAGUAGGCGUUCAUCUUAAAGUAGAAAUGUUAUUCAAGACAAUCAAAUUCACUGUCAUUUUGCAAAGUUUCUUCAUUCAUUCACUAAAAACAAAAAUCAAAAAAAAAUAUUCAAAAAUGGCAAUUUUUUCUAUUUAUAUUGUAAUGCAACUCGUGGGUGGAUUAUUUUUGGCUUUGGGUGCCUUAUAUUUGUAUUUUAAACUCGUUUUGUAUAACUAUUGGCGAAAACACAAUGUUCCCUAUUUGGAGCCAUCGGUACCUAUGGGAAAUCUCGCUCCAGUUGUUACCGGAAAAAUAAACUUGGGUUUCUGUUAUCAAGACGCCUAUGAGAAAUUCAAGAAAAAUCGAAUAUUCGGAAUGUACACAUUUCACAAACCUAGUUUAGUUGUUGUUGAUCUUGACAUUGUCCGCACAAUAUUGACCAAAGAAUUCGGCCACUUCCAUGAUCGUGGAUUGUAUUGUCACGAAAAAGUGGAUCCACUCACUGGUCACAUUUUCUCUCUGCCUGGACAAAAAUGGAGAAAUUUACGUGUUAAAAUGACGCCAACAUUUACAUCAGGAAAAAUGAAACAAAUGUUUGAUGCCGUUAAGCAUAGAGGGGAAAUUUUGAAUAAAGUUUUGAAUACCAAAUCACAAGAUAAUGCAGUUUUUGAAAUCAAAGACAUUUUCGCAAGAUUCGCCACGGACGUGAUAAUGAGCACAUCGUUCGGAGUAAAUUGCGACAGUUUAACAAAUCCCGAUUGUGAAUUUCGCUAUUGGGGUAAAAGAAUUUUUGAUCCUGCACCAGUGAAAAAUACACUCUCCUUCUUUGCGCCACACGUCCUCUAUUUUCUCAAUGUUCCAUUUUUUGCAAUGGAUGUGAGAAAAUUUUUCAUGUCUGUCUUUAAAAAAAAUACCGAAUAUCGUACAAAGCACAAUGAGAGGAGAAAGGAUUUUAUGGAUCUUUUGGUGCAAUUGAUGAAUAAGGGAUGCGUUGAGGGAGAUGAGGGUCAACCAGCUAGUAUUUCAGAAUCAGCUGAUGGUAAAAUAACACUGGAGGAAGCAGCUGCUCAGGCUUUUGUAUUUUAUCUUGCUGGUUUUGAAACAUCAUCGACAACAGCGACAAAUUGUAUUUAUGAAUUGGCUCAAUAUCAGGAAUUACAGAAUAAAGUUCGUCAAGAGAUUCAUUGCAAGUUGAAAGAAUAUGGGGAACUUACUUAUGAAUGUCUUAACGAUAUGCCGUAUCUCGAUAAAGUUGUCAGUGAAACUUUAAGGAUACAUCCACCAGUGGCAAUUCUAAAUCGAGUCUGCACUAAGGAUAUUGAUCUACCUACUACCAAUUUGCAUAUAAGCAAAGGAGUAGAUGUAGUAAUUCCAGUUCUUGCUAUUCAAAGGGAUCCAAACAUUUAUCCGGAUCCGAUGAAAUUCGAUCCCGAAAGAUUUAACGAAAAAAAUGUGGCCAAUCGACAUCCAUAUGCUUAUUUGCCUUUUGGAGAGGGCCCAAGAAUUUGCAUCGGAAUGAGAUUCGGUUUGGCGCAAACAAAAGUCGCUUUAAUUAAUGCACUGAAAGACUAUCGUUACACUUUGGGACCAAAUCAAAAAGUACCAUAUCAUGUUGAUCCAGGAAGUCUUGUUUUUGGAGCAGACACUCUCGAAGUACGAGUUGAAAAAGUGUGAAUAAGGACGAAAAUCAAAUUUUUAAUGGAUAUUCCUAAAGAUUUAAUAUUUAUUCAAUAUUUAAUAAUAGCACUAUUUAUUAUUUAUUUAAUAAUUAUUUAUUAUUAAACAUUUAAUAUUUAUCGGAAAUAAAGAAAAAUAAAUUUGCUGCAAAUUCUCCAUUUACUCCAACUUUCGUUUUUUUUCGUUUACAU